CAUUCUUCUCCUUCUCAUUCCUCUCUCUCUCUCUGUGAAGUUCUUGGUGACUGAUACAAUUUGGAUCCCAAGAAAAUAUAAUUCUACUGCAAUUUCUCUCUGUCCAUAAUUACAUCUGGCUACUUUCCAUUCGGUUUCAAUGAAAGCAAGAACGGGCUAUUCGACUUCCCUCAAACAAGAAUUUCUUAAGAAAUGGAUAAAGGGUAUCCGUAUAUACAGUAAUUUCAAAAAGGACAUGAACAUUUUGGAGAGAAAAAAGGCCAUAAAAUUAUCAGCAGAUUUGGCCAUUGCUUCCACCAGAAAUGCCAGCACUCGUUGGAGUCGCACGCUAACAGCCAACAUUUCGAAAAAUGAGACUAACAAACUUUUUGUUGAACAGAUAUUUUCGGAUUCGGAAGUAAUUAAGAAGGAAGCUCCAAGUAGAUUGAUGGCGCGCAGCAAUAGAAUUGCAAGCAAGAAGAUUUGGAGAAGAAGCCAUAUUACCCAAAUUAAAGCAAGAAAAAUGGGACCCUAUGCAGUUAAGGCCAGCUCCAUCGCAAAGAAAUUGGUGAAGAACAGAACCAAAGUGCUUAAAAGUCUUGUACCUGGGGGAGAAAACAUGGAUGGAAUUUCUUUGAUUAAAGAAACCCUAGAUUACAUUGUCUCUCUUCGAGUUCAAGUGGAUGUAAUGCGACGUCUGGCAAGUGCUGCUGAGAAUUCAACAAGAUUGGGUCUUUCUUCCAAGUGUUCUGUCCAUUGGCUUCAGGGGAUAUUCACUGUUCUUGACCAUUGGUGUGCAAUGGUGCAUUAAAUUGAAGAUAUGCUGGAAUAGUGCAAGUGAUUCAACCCCAACAAGGGUCUUGGGAAUCAUUCAAUUUAGAUAAAAUUUCUUAAGUCGAAAUAAAUUUUUUGCUUGCUACUAAUUUGCAUAUAUGUUUAAGUUUGUUAUUAUAUCAAAAUUAUGACAGACUUUAUUAUUCAUGAGAUUACACUUGUACCAUGUAUCACACAUAUCAGAAUUAUAAGAAACCAGAUGUAAUGAAUCAUAUGGUACUGUUUAAAUGCGAUCAAUCAAUUAUAUAAGAAAUUUCA